AGUUUCUGCACUUAUUGCCAAGCAAACCCCAAAGAUAAGAGAGUUAAGCCUCAAAUGGCUGCUACAGUCCCCAUACAUAAGCUCCGUUAACUCCCGAAAGAAAUCGGCCCCAACAUUUACUCCCGAAGAGAAGGCACGAGCCCACGCCCUCCUUCGCUGCCCAACCGCGCAACUCUCCGGUAUUUAUAUUCCUCAACUUAUCAAUGGUGAUUUUCUCGCUUGGUUUCUGUUCCCCGCCGUAAGUCCAUUCCCCCAAAAAUGCAAUCUUUCAGUUGCUUCUUUCCGAAAGGGCCGUUCUUGGCUGCGCCCUACUUAGAUUCCGACCUAGUUCGCCCCCAUAUUUCCUGGAUGAGUAAUAAGAGAUGUGGCCAUGGCGAUUCCUCUGGAAUUUUUAACAGUCCAAGGAUACCAAUCCUAAGUUCGAAACAAGGGUUGCUCUCCAGCUACGGGAAGCCGGCCUACUAUGCUCCAAAGAAGCGAUCUUUCUGCAUGCCUUCGGCUUUCUCUCUGGCCUUACUUCAUGAUCCUCAGGGGAGUGAAAAUAAGAUUGAGGACGUAGAAAGUGAUUACAUACUUGAUUCUCCAGUGCGCAAAGAGGAAAAUUUUCAGCACGAUAGGGUUGAAUUUGUUCAAAAUGAAAGGGUGGAUGUGCGAGCACUAGCUGAGAAAUUAUGGGAUGCAAAAACUGUUGCUGAUGCUGAUGGAGUCUUGAAGGAUUUCGAGACUCUCCCUCUUCCUGUCUAUUCUUCAAUUAUUAGAGGCUUUGGUUUAGAUAAAAGAGUGGAUCCUGCUUUUGCAGUUUUUGAGUGGCUGAAGAUGAAAGGACAAGAUCCAAGUUGCUCUAUAACCCCCAAUUUGUUCAUCUAUAACAGCCUUCUAGGUGCACUGAAACAUGCUUCACAGUUUGAGAAGAUUUUUGAGGUAAUGGAAGAGAUGAAGUCACAAGGAAUUGUUCCAAAUAUUGUAACUUUUAAUACUUUGAUGUCAGCUUAUAUUGAUCAAGGAGAGCCUCAGAAGGCCCUCGAAGUUCUGGAUGAGAUUAAGCGAAAUGGAUUAUCUCCAUCUCCUGCCACUUACUCUUCAGUUUUGCUCAUCUGUAGAAAGAUGAAUGAUCCAAUUGGUGCUGUUGGAUACUUUGUCAAGUUCAGAGAGGAAUAUGAGAAGGGUUUUAUGUCAAAAGAUCCUAAUAAUGACUGGGAAACCGAAUUUACCAAGCUCGAAAACUUCACAAUUCGUAUAUUUUAUCUUGUUAUGCGGCAGCAUCUCGUAAAUGAAGAGAAUGCAGUCACCCAUGUCUUCAAGCUUUUGACUGAGAUGGACAAGGUGAGUUUAAGGCCUGGAAGAGUAGAAUAUGAGCGGCUUAUUUGGGCAUGCACCCGUGAAGACCAUUAUACUGUGGCUAGAGAGCUCUAUCAGAGGAUAAGAGAGAUGGAGAGUGAUAUAAGUUUAUCUGUAUGCAACCAUGUAAUAUGGUUGAUGGGUAAGGCUAGGAAAUGGUGGGCAGCUCUUGAAAUCUAUGAGGAUUUGUUGGAUAAGGGACCUGAACCCAAUACUCUAUCCCAUGAGUUGAUCAUCUCCCACUUCAACAUACUGCUCAACGCAGCUAAAAAGAAGGGGAUUUGGAGAUGGGGUGUUAGAUUAAUCAACAAAAUGCUUGAUAAAGGGCUGAAGCCAGGAAUUAGAGAAUGGAAUGCAGUUCUUGUUGCUUGCUCCAAAGCAUCAGAAACUUCUGCUGCUGUGCAGAUUUUUAAGAGGAUGGUUGAGCAUGGUGAGAGACCCACUGUGCUUUCUUAUGGAGCAUUACUAAGCGCCUUGGAGAAGGGUAAGCUAUACGACGAAGCCCUUCAUGUGUGGGAGCAUAUGUGCAAGGUGGGGGUUAAGCCUAACCUGCAUGCUUACACAAUUCUCAAUUCCAUCUACAUCGGCAAUGGAAUGCCCGAGAUGGUGGAUUCUAUCAUGAAGGAGAUGAGAUUAGCAAAGCUUGAGCCAAAGAUUGUUACUUUCAAUGCUAUUAUUACUGGAUUUGCUAGAAAGAGGUUGAGUGGGGCUGCUCUUGAGUGGUUCCAUAGGAUGAAGGUUCAAAACAUCAAACCGAAUGAGAUUACUUAUGAGAUGUUGAUAGAAGCUCUUUCGCGAGAUGAAAAACCGAGGCUUGCAUAUGAAAUGUAUUUGAGGGCUGUAAAUGAGGGUCUGAAUCUUUCGGCAAAGGCAUACGAUGCGGUUUUAGAAUCAUCUCGGGCUUGUGAUACAAACAUAGAUAUGAAUGCAUUGGGAGAGCGGCCUCACGUGAAGAAGAAAAUUGACGCGUCAACCACAAAGUUGUUUCUUUGUCAUUUCAGAACGCGAGAGAGCAACGGUUUCGGCCCUGCCGCCCAACUUUCCAUUGUUUUUGCCGCAUCAACCUCACGAACGAGCGCCUCACAGUCGAUAUCCUGCAGUAAAUAUAUAGAAACUAUGGAGUGAAUGUGAGCAAAACUAGAGUUUUUUGCAUUAAGAGGGAAGAGAAGUGGAGAAAUAAGAGUGGGAGAGGGAAAGGGUCUCACAUCUUCAUGUAGAGGUGGAAAUGAUGAGGCCAUACCACACAAUUCUUAUGUAUUUAUAUAUCUCACACGUAAAUUUUCAUAUUUGCACACACAACACUCAAAUCUGUAUUAUCACAUCAAAGAUAUUGUUAUUACUAUUUUCUAAAAGUGAAAUAUGACUUUUCAUGCGCAAGUUUAAAGCAUCAAAAUGCUAUGCUUGUAAAUUUGAAAGUUGAGGUGUGGGAUUUGUAAAUGCAUAAGAAUUUUGUGCCGGGCAUAUAAAUUUCCCUUAAUAUUGUUUAUGACA